UGUGAUCCAAACACAGCUGGGAAUAAUCUUGCUCUAAUAGCUAUCAAUACCGCAGAUUUCCUCUACAAUUCCCCAAAAAUUUUUGGUUUAGUCUUGUCUAUGGAUCGGAGCUUGGCUGGUUUGACUUUAGUGCUCUGAGGUGAAGCUUUUUUGGAUUAAAGAUGUCGAUGGUUCGAAGAGCGUCCUUGCCGGGUGCGAAUAACAAUGGAUCAAGAAGAGAAGGACUUCGGACAAAAACACCGUCAGUUAAUGAUGUCUCCAAGAAAUUUAAAAGCGCUCCAAGAGGCAAAAGAAGGCUAGAAUUUCAACCAAAGCAACCGUUGAAAGACAAAAAGUUCUACCUAGAUCUUCAUGGUUACAAGAAAAUUCCCAGCUUAGCUGCAAGGAUUAAGGAACUUGGAGGGAAAGUGGAGGAAUUCUUUAACAAAGAUAUAACUUACUUAAUAACUAACCGCAAAGAUGCAGACACAAGGUUAUCUCCAAGAAGCAACUCUACACCAAGCCCUGGCAUGUCCAUACCCAGUCCGUUUCCCAUUAACAAAAGUUCCUCCAUAAAAGGCUCAGCCUGGCCAUCACCAAUAAGUGCAGAUUCUCCUCAAAGCAUUGAUGCUCAUCAGACUGUACCCAAACAUGACACUAGAGGGAAAACAUUGCAGAAACAAGCUACUCUUAUGUCUACCACUAAAUUUGGUACUAGCAAUGUCCUGACAAAUGCUAAAGCCUGGGGUAUUAGUGUUAUUCACCUGGAUAAAGUCUUAGAAAAGUUAGCAGAGUAUGGUCCAAGCAAGGCUGAGAAACAGCCUUCUAUAAAGGAGUUGAGAUCUGGAAAAAAGGAACUGAGAGUGGAGAUUAGAAAGCUGCAAGUCCCUUUCAUCAAAGUGGAAGACCAGAGUCAUCAUUAUCAGCCACUUGUGAAAGAAUUCAAGGAAUGGCCUCUACCAAAUUUCAAUACACCUGUUGGAACCUGCCCUUUUAAUUCUCCAAAGACAAAGAAAGAACCUGAUCUAAAGAGAAAAAAUAAGGAGAAAGAUAUUCAGGAUGUCAAGAAGCAGAACAAAAAAGGUUAUUGUGAGUGUUGCUGUUUGCACUAUGAUGCUCUAGAUAUGCAUUUAAAGAGUGAUCAUCACAAGGCAUUUGCACGAAGUGACUCCAACUAUGACAGUCUUGACAAACUCAUCAGUCAAGGACCAAGUUUGAAUGCAUUCUUAGAUAGAGUCAAGAAGAAAUACAGCAGAUCAGAAAAUACCCAACCAAUUAGUGAAAACAAGGUCGAUAACCCUUUCCAGACCCCAACAAAGGAAACAGUUCAUUCGAAGGAUGACUCAGUUGAUAAAGAAUUGAAUGAAAACUUGUUAGCAGACAGCGACAAGGAGAGAGCAAAUAAGAAAGAUGUAUGUGAUAAUGAUAUCGAAGACAAGAAUGAUGACAAUCUACAUAUGGGUGAAACAAAUGCGGUGAAAGGAAACUCACAAGCUAUCGAAACCAUUGCUCAAGAGGGAUCCGAGUGCUUACCAAAAAGGAGAAUAACUCGAAGUCAAUUGUCUUAUGAGGAUGAUGUGAGAUGUGACGCAGAUACUGACCCUAAAAUAAAACAGAGCUCGCAGAAUUUCUCCAUCAAACAGACGACAUCAGUACAGAAUACAGAAGUAUUAACUCAGAAAGCAGCUAGUCCCGAUCAGUUGGGAAUGUCAGAAGAGAAAGUAAAUGAACAGGGCAAAAAUGAUAAGCAAAAGAUCUUGUMCAGUCAGGAGCUUGUAUCAUUCACAAGCCUUAAACCUCACAAAACUGAAGACCGUAAUGAAGAGGAUGGUAAUAUGCGGGUAAUGAGGAGUCAAACAAAGAGUAAUAGCAGUUCUGACAGUAUUGAUGACGAUGAAAAUGAAGGAAGUGGGAGAGCAUUGAGAAGCCAAAAAAAUAGUUUUGAUAGCACAGCUGGCGGUGAAAAUGAAGGAAGAGGGCGGGCAUUUACAAGCCAACAGAAGAGUAACUGUAAUUCUGAGAGUACAGAUGGCGAUGAAAGUCCAGGAAAUAGGCGGGCAUUGAGAAGUGAUCGUGAUGAAAAUGAAGUUCCUAAGCGGGCGUUGAGAAGCCAUAGAAAUAGUUCUAACAGUACAGAUGGCGAUGAAAGUCCAGGAAAUAGGCGGGCAUUGAGAAGCGAUCGUGAUGAAAAGGAAGGUCCUAAGCGGGUCUUGAGAGGCCAACGAAAGGCUAGCUGCAGUUCUGACAGUACAGAAACACUAACAAGCCGAGAAGGGAUCGCGCAUUCCCCAGCUAAACGUAAUCUCAAAAGUAGCAAUGCAUCUAGUACUGACUCUCUUUCAGGAGGUAUUACAGCUGAUGGCAAUCAAGAUAAUAAUAAAGGUGCAAGGGUAAAAGAUGGCUCAAAACUACUCCAGUUCAACCAGAAUGGAAUAACCAAAGCAAAUCUUUGUGAAAUCCAAAGGARUCAAGAGGAAAACGAUAGCAAUGGGUCUGUCAAAGUGAGGGAGAACUUCUCCAGCCCUAAAAGUGGUCUUAGUGGUUCAAAAAGGUGUGAUUCUCCUGACCAUGCGACCUCGAUCAGUGAUCACGAGAAUGAAGAUUCAGAUGAUUCUAUAGAAGCCAAGGCUGGAAGCAGCCCCACUCCAAAGCUUUUAAUCCCACGGUCAAUCUGGUCGAAACUACCCGAAAAUAAUCCAAGCAAGGAGAAUCGUGAUAAAAUUCCCUCUGAUUCUAAUAAUGAAGCACUCAAGGAACUUGCAAGUGACAAGACAGGAGAGCAGGGUUCGGAUGAAAUUUCCGAAAUGAACAAUGAUGCGUUUACUGCAUUGUUCGAUUCAGAUAAUGAUGAUGACAAAUCUUUCGAUGGUUUUGAUGUCCCCCAUUUUGAGGGUUCAAAGUCUUCAGAGCCGGAUUUGACAUACCACAUCAAGAGGAUCGUUGAAUACUAUACUGAAAGCCAGGAUGACACUCUUGUCAAUACCACUAACGAGGAAAUAGACGAUAAAGAUCAGGAUGAAAGAAGUGGACCUGCUGAUGGCACAGAAAAACGGACGAAGAAAAAGAAACGCCAGCCACAUGGGAUCAAGAUUAUUCUGAGUUCCAGGACAGAUGAUGGUGAUGACGAUGUGUUUGAAGAUAGCAGUGAUGAUGAUGAUGAUGAUGAUGAUGACGAAGGGGAUAGUGACUACAAUGAUUCAAGUAGUACUGUAGCAGACAGCAGUGAUGGCGAGGGAGACGAAUUGUUGACAUCCUCUGCGUUAUGCAUGGAUUCGUUCUCGUACAAGAGAAAAUCUUGGAACCUAGAUAAUGAUGAAAUAGGAAUUCAACUACCGCCAAAGAGGAGACGUACAACAACUGACGAGAGUUCGUCCACUCACUCGGCAGAGGAUAGCGAAACGGCUGGCGAUUGUGAUGUGGAAUGCAGACGCAGAACCAGAGCUUCCACAAGAUUAUCAAGUAACAAAGAAAAGUCAGUAAGUCACAAAAAUGGUAAUGUUGAUGUGGAGGAGAYUUCUGUGGACACAGAUAUCAGAGAGAGGAGGCGAAGCGUCAGAACUUCUACAAGGCUGUCAAGUGAGAAAGAAAAUUCAAUAGAUAACAAAAGAAAUAGCCAUGCCUGCAUGAAGGACGAUUCUCUGGAAAAUGGUAUCAGAGAGACGAGAAAAAACGCCAGAAGUUCUCGAAUAACAUCCAAAUCUGAUAAAAAGAUAGAAAAUCGUCAAGAUGAUGAUGAAAAUUUCACGAAUGAAAAUGUAUCCCAAAAAGAAUGCAGCAAAAAUACAAGCCGGAAAACAAGGGCAUCCUCAAGGAUUUCAAACUCCACAGAAAAUAGUUCAGAUAUAGGUAAAGAAAAUUGCGCUGACAACAUUGAGGUUGAUUCUGAAUACGAUAGGAGCAAAAAUACAAGACGUAAGACCAGAGCUAUGGGGAUGUCAAACGCAGAGGAAAAGAAAAUCAAUUCUGAUGGCCGUAACCUGGAAAAGGAAAAUAGGAAUAAAGAGACAAGGCGCAAGACCAGAUUUUCUGAAAGAGCAUCAUCUGAAAGUUCAUCUCAUGACAGUAAAGAUUUUCAUGGAAAUGAAGAGCCCGGCAGACGCAAAACCAGACCAUCUAAAGGCUUAUCAACUACGAAGGAGUUAGUAGUAGACCAUAUAAAAGAACAUUCCGAGAGUGACGAUUCAUGUUCAAAACGUGUAACUAGGAGCCAAGGAGACGCAGCAGAAGACCGUCAGAUAAAAAAUAAAAACAAGAUCACAAUUGAAAAGAAAGAAGACACGAAACAAAGACCUGCAGAUAAUGAAGUUUCACCUAGCAAAUCAAAAACUAAUGAUGUCGGAAAUAAUGAUUCACUAUCUUCUUCAGUUUUGGAUGACAACAGUUGGACCUCUGAUAGCUCUUUCUUUAAAGGCCUUCCACAAGAAGUUCUCGAAUGUUUAUCUGUUCAUAUGUCUAUUGAAGAAAGAGUCAAGUUGCGCCGUACAAAAAAUAGAAUAAAUUCAGAGCCAUCGCCAAUACGUCGAAAUGCUAAUGAAAGAAGAAGAAAAGAUUCAAAUGAAAAGAGCGACAUUCAAAUAGUUAUUACUGAUUCUAAAAGAGCACAAAGCAAGAAAGACGAAAUUAAAACAGGAUCUACCAACAUGGCUAGAGUUCACAACACCCCAAGGUCGAGGUCUCGAAGCCUUAACCAGGACGUAGAGAACUCUAGGAAUUUGACUAAGUCAAAGACCGGGGGCGCAGUGUUCUUACCCUCUCCACCACAGAGGAAACCAUUGCGUAGUGCAUCGUCAUCACUAGACACUUCACCUAUCACUACUCCAAUUCGGACAAACAAACACUGGAUAUUUGAUCCUGGGCAUUUUUCAUCAUCAACUCCUCAACCAUUAAGAAAGCUAAAGUCAAAAACAAGCCCUAAGCAAACUGAAAGCAAACUCAUGUCUACAAGGGCAUUGCGUAAUACAAACAAAUGCCUAAUGGCUGGGGACAGUUAUGAGUUUAGGAAUGAAGAUGUUUAUGCGUUUGAUGAUUGAAGAAUCCAGCUGCAAACUUGAUCAAAAAUUAGUGAAAUUGUUUUUUGGUGCUUGGGGUGUACUCUCGCCUGUCCAGCGACACUACUCAUAUUUUAUCGCUAUAGUUGAUUCGAACCGUCUUGAAGUCAAACGGUAGCUGAAAAACAGUAGGCCGUCUUAUCCCAGCUCGUUACUGCAGAGAACUUCAUUGCUAAUCCAACCGCCUAUAGCUAACUACAAUUAGCUGAUCAUUCGAUUCAACGGAGUGACAAAAGUAUCUAGAUUUCAUUUAUUUAUCAAUUGACACGGUUCUCUUUGUUAUUCACAACGCUUUUUUUUUUUUGUUAUAACCUUCAUUAUAGAUGCGAGGUCAAUAUGUAGUUAUUAACCCGGUUAAUAACUAUACAUUGACCGCCCGCAUUUUUAAUGAGUAAUUCAGUUUUAUAAUGAGCAAUUCAUUAGCCCCGCUCA